AAAUAACACGCACACGCACUCAUGUUGCCUCUCUCUGCGCACAAUGAUUCAUCAACCACCGUUUGCUUAUGAGACCGUGAUUUCGGGUCCGAUGAGUUCAUUUUCGGAGCUGGCUGUUUCGUCGUGGGCCCUCGGAUGCCCCCACCCCCACCUCCCUCAUCCCGCGUCUCGACGGACCAAACGCUGCUGCAGCAGCAUCACCGGCAGCCUCCAAACUGCGUUUUCCCUGCCGUGAUGGAUCCCUGUGUAAACCGGUGAGCUGCUGCCACAAGACCGCCGCACUGUGGGCAGGAUCGACGCGCGAUGACCGCAGAGAAAUUGAUGCCACACGUCUGAGGGAUAAACAAACAAACGAAAAAGACUGUUUUCAUUUCUAGCAAUGUUAUAGGAUCGUCUUGUUUACCUUGCCGACAGAUAUACAGCCGGGUGACAGAGGUAUUUCGGCAUGUAAGAGCUGGAUAACUAUUCCUGUGUGACCGACACCCAUCUGCAGGCUGAUUACAAUAAAAUGAAAAAGGACGAGCCCUUCAGGUCAGUAGAUCUGCACUGAUUGGAGAAAUGUUUUAAGGAAACACCUCAGCCACCAUGAAAGGGUUAGGAGCCAACCGCAGUCGUCACCUGUCUGACUCAUGUGAACCAGCAGGGUGCCAACAGAAGCCUCUGUGCCCUUUGACCUCUGACCCUCACAGCACCUUUCUGUUGAGCCCCACCAUAAACCAUUAUGGCACUCUGGACCCCCAUCUCCACCAGUGCCCCCCCACCAGCCCCACCGCCCUGACCCCUGACUGCCUGCUGCCUUUCAGCCAGAUGUCCAACAGCAGCACCUUCCCUCGUCUGCAUUUCACCUCCCAGACUGACCAGAUCGACUGCUCCCAGGGCUGUGUGGCUGGUGGUGGUGGAGUUGGGCAGGGCAGCAGGGCAGGUACGCUAUCCACCUCCUUGUCUAUGGGUAUGGGUUUGGGUCUGGGGCUGACUGGUGCUCCUAUGAUCACCAGUGGAUCAGCCACCAUCUCCUCUGCAGCAGCAGCCAAGAUGAAUCGGUUGCCCUCCAACCUUUUGGAUCAGCUGGAGAGGCACCUGCCUCUACACCGUGAUGGCUUCAGUACGCUGCAGUUCCACAGAGGACGCAUGUCAAAGCAACGCAGUGAGAGUCCAGGACGUAUACGCCACCUGAUGCACUCUGUGCAGAAGCUGUUCGCCAAGUCGCAGUCUCUGGAAAACUCUGCAAUCAAAGGCAGCUUAAACGGGCGCUCUGCUGGAGGAAGUACAGGAAGUGGUGACGAUGGGGGUAGACCAACCCGCAGGAGCAAGAGUAAAGACAGGGCUAAGACUGAGGGGCCAAAGCAGAGACCUAGGCCUAAUACACUAGGCCUCUGGAGCUCAGAUGAUGCCCUGGACACUGACACUACCAAAGCUGGCACUAUUGCUGUAGGUUACCGCAACCCGCUGAGCAUGAUGACUCUUGGCAGAGCGGUGUCAGACAGCCAGGCCGCUCCCAGACAUAUUCCACAGGGCUACAACACAAUUUCUGCACAUACCCUCAAGACCUCGAAAAGCAGCAGUGACCUCAAGUUCCUGGCAUGCCAAGUGACACAGGUAGGAUCCAAGGAUGAGGAGGGAAGAACUAGGGGAAGCAAGGAUGACACACUAGUGAAGAGGGGGUCCUGGUCCACUCUCACCCUCAGCCAGGCCAGGCAAGUGUUGCAGAAGGGCUCUGCUACGGUCAACAGGACCCUGCUUAAAUCAAAGUCAUGCCAUCAAGACCUGACACAACAGUUCCUUCAGGUAGGAGGGCCAGUCCCUCUUGGGGACUGGGCAGGAACUUUGGGUCGUGGACGGGCCAAAGGAACAGAGAUCCCUUGCCGAAGGAUGCGCAGUGGCAGCUAUGUGAAAGCUAUGGGAGACCUAGAAGACAGUGAGGACUCAGAGGGAAGCCCCAAACCUUCCCCCAAAUCUGCAGCUCGUCGCCAGAGCUACCUGAAGGCCACCCAGCAGUCCCUGAGUGAGCAGCAGCCACCGCCACCUCCACGCAAGCCUCGUUGCUACGCUCUCAUGCGGGAGGAUUAUCUGUGGUCUCCUCUACAGAGUGCAUGCUCUAUGCAGCAUCUGAGCUCCCUGCCGUCGCUGAAAGAGCUGACCACUAAUCGGAGCCUUGAUAACUUAGACUGCUUGGUGAGCACCUUGGAGGCCCCUCCACGCCACAGGAACAGUGAUUUCAGCCAAUGCUCUGGUACACUGGGCAGAGGCUCGACCGCUCAGCGUGUGAGUCUGCACACGUUCUUUCAGGUAUGCGGGCAGGGCUGUGGGCACUCGGUGCCGUACUGCGAGGGGGAAUCACAGGCGGUGGAGGCUCUGGAUCUGCCUGCGCCUACGUGCUUCCGGUCGCGCAGCCACAGCUACCUGCGGGCCAUCCAGGCGGGCUGCUCCCAGGAUGAAGAUACAGCUUCUGUGGACUCAGAGUCACCACCACCCACCACCGCAGGCUACAGCUACAACUCCAACACCAUCGGCAGUAGGAAGGCUCCCCCUCCAGUCCCACCCCGCACCACCUCCAAACCCCUCAUCUCAGUGACGCUGCAGAGCAGCACCGAGUCAGCUCAAGACACGUACCUUGACCAGCAGGACCGUGGCAGUGAAGCCAACAGCCAGUCGGGACGCAGCAACUCCUCCGACAGUCUCUGUAGCAUUCGCACGGGCAGCCUGGCUAAGGUCACCCGGCCUCCUCCAGUCCCUGUCCCUGCUACAACCCCUGCACCUGCUGCAGCCUCUGUACCUCCCGUUCCAGCCCCUCGUGACCUCCCUCCUACCACCUCUGUUGCUACUACCACCACUUCAACAUCUACUCAGCCCCAAAAUGACACCUUGAAUAUUAGUAUCACCCUAGAGCAGCCCCCAACUGCACCCAAGAGGAAACUGUCCUCUAUUGGAAUUCAGGUGGAUUGUCUUCAGCCAAUCCCAAGAGAGGAACCACUACUCCUGACUACACCUCUGAAGUUUCAGUCAAUUGGAGUUCAAGUUGAGAACGGCAGGCCUCUCAGCCGGGACAGCAGCAUGGCCUCCAGACAGAAUACAGAGACUGAGCCUCAGGAGCCCCAACAUGCCGCACCCACAGAAAACAACACAGCCAACUGCACCAACAGUCAGACAGUGAAUGCCACUGCGCCAAACGGACAGGACAAAGCCAUGGAACAGCAGCUCCUUAAACACACCUCAGCUCCAUCCAGGAUAUCCACCUCGCCCCCUGAGAGCCUGGAUCCGGCUUUAGACCCGUCCUCGCUGCCGCCACCAGAUCCCAGCCUCGAGUCCGGAAACUGCAGCCCCCAGGGAGAUGCUGUCCAGGCCAGCACGCCAGCAUGCCUCAGAGACGGUAACUGGUUUCUGAAGCUGCUGCAGGCUGAAACAGGCCGAAUGGAGGGCUGGUGUCAACAGAUGGAGCAGGAGACCAAAGACAACAAGCUCUCAGAGGAGGUGUUGGGGACAAUCCGCAGUGCAGUAGGCAGUGCUCAGCUCCUCAUCUCACAGAAGUUUGAGCAGUUCAGAGGGCUCUGUAAUGAGAACUUGAACGUAAAUGCCAACCCACGACCAACAGCACAGGACCUGGCAGGGUUCUGGGAUCUGCUACAACUCUCAAUAGAAGACAUCAGCAUGAAGUUUGAUGAGCUGUACCAGCUGAAAGCCAACAACUGGCAGCUUCCUGAGAAGUCAGAGAAAAAGGAUGACAACAAGCAGCUUCCAUCAUCUGUGCCAAAGAAGCCGUCAAAGCCCCGGCUGUCAGCAGGGAAGGACAGGAGUGUGGACUCGGCUGUGGACAAGCAGCGGCAAGAAGCCAGAAAGCGUUUGAUGGCAGCAAAGCGAGCAGCAUCAGUACGACAGAACUCCGCCACGGAAAGCGCUGACAGCAUCGAAAUCUAUGUCCCUGAGGCCCAGACCCGCCUCUGAGGGCGAACCAGCACCGAUCAUCGAGGAAAAUCCUGACUCACUCCAGACAUUCAUAGACACAAACACACAGAUCUGAGACGAACACAGAGCAACAACGGAUGCACAGAGAUCGAUCCCUCAUAGCAGCACAGCUGAUGACAGGAGAUGCGUUGGGGAUCACAGGGCAGCAAAAAUAAUCCAGAAAAAUGCAGAUCAUGAACCUGCUGCCGUGGGACAGAUGUAACCUUGACAGAUGUUUAAUACUAUUGUUAUUAUUGUUAUUAUUGACAUUAUAAUAAUUAUUAUCUCCUAAAGUAUUUCAAGACUGUCUUAAUUGUGCGAGUAUCAUGGAUAAGGACAUCCUAUACCUUGUGAGCUGAAGAAUCUUGGUAUCCCAGAAGUUUACUCUCUUAAAAACUCCCUUCACUGCUGAGUCUACCGGCAAGUUGUGGCUGCCUGGUUUACGAGCUGAGCUACCAUCCACACACACUCAGGACACACAUGCAGGUGUACUCACUGUCCACAGAGUCUUCCUGUUCUCUCUUUGUAUUUGGCUGCCACUCGUUGGGUGUGGUGUCUACGCUGUAAUGUGUAAGAAUUCUAAGAUGGCGUUAAUGUACUCAGAGGUAGAAAAAUGCAGAGAACCAGAGGAAGGCAGUAGCAUAUAUAUUAUAAAUAUCACACUAUUACAAUGUUCAUUUUGUAAAUGUUGUAUACCAGAUUAUUUGUUAGAAAGAGGUCAGUGUUCAGUACCAAGGUAGUUUUUUAUAGAUCGAGUACAUUUACUGUCAUGAUAUAUUAGCACUUGAUGCAAUCAUUCACUCCAUCUCUUUCUCUUUGCUCCUCUCCUUUUCACAAACGCACACUGCACAGUCUGUGUCUGUGAAAAUCCCAUUGUUAAAGUCUUACGUUGGUUUGUUUUUGGUAAGAGAUGUAAAGAUUGACUGCCCAGCCAGUGAGAUACAGUGGAAUGUAUGAAAAAGUAUGCAUUUGCAGCUCGUGUCGACUUGAUCACUGCACUUUCCAUUCACCUCAGAUCAAGUUUGCCCACCUUUUUGUUUUCCGAAUCAUUCUGAUCUUUCACUGCAUCCUCGUGUGAUGUAGGGGACCAAGACAUUCACCACUUGAUAUGGCAUUCCCAUUCAACCAGACUGUGUGAGAGGGUGGGGGUUUGCUCGCUACUGGAAAGGACAUGGAAUAGCAUAGCAAUAAUAAAAUCAUAGUAGAGCAGUCAAUGCAGUAGGUACCCAGUCUUAAAUUAUUUAGUCAGCAUUUGUAGUAGGGCUUUCAUAGCAUGAAGGGUGAGUGUUUAUUUCUUGAAAUGACAGAAAUCUCAGGUUGAACACAAACUGAACAAUAAAAACCACUAUGGAUGGAAUAUUUGUUAUAUAACCUCAAAAGAAUUGGCUACAUGCUUAGAGCCUUUUCCAAGUAUUCCAUAUCAGUCCAGAACUACUCUGUGUUCUUCUAAGGAAAAAUUAGUUUUGGUGUAGUCACGCAGAAGCUUAAUUUGCUGAAAUCAGCCAUCUCCUUUGCUUCCCUUUCUAGCAGCUUGAACUCCCACCCAUGUUUUUUGAGAAUGAAGAGCUGUGGUACUUUUGUUCAUUAGUUUAAAAAUUGAUGACAUUUGGCACGUUUUGUGACUUUAAGCUGAAAUGAGGUCAUUCUAAACAUGUCUUGACUUGUGUAAUUAUAAUAAUUAAUGGUGCUGCGAGGGAUAUCGUAUUGUGCCAACAUGGCAAUGAUCAACAUUUCAGUCUCACUUGAUGAAGAUUUUAUUUAAACUGAUUAUUUAAUAUGAUCCUGACUUCCUGUGUGCGCAUUCUCAGCAAAGUUUGUUUGGGUUUGCAUCAUCCCACUCCUGAUACGCCAUGCCUUGUCACUCUGUAAACUCAUGACACUUGGACUACGGGACCGGAAUGUUUUCCAUGUUUCUGGUUUCUCAAAUGAAAACACAAGUGACAUGGGUGCACGAGUCGAACAAGGCAUAGCUGAUACUCAUGCACAAGUACAGGUUGACUUCCUAGUUUUGUGUUGUUUUUUUUUUUUUUUUUUAGUAAGAGCUGGCUCUCCCCCUACUGGUCAGUUCUUGCGUGACACUCCAGACAUUUUGUUCUGCUCCAUUUUGAAUUUCAAACGAGAAUCGAAGUUGAACUGGGAAUGCUGACACAACACUGCGUUGUCGAUUUUCUUAUUCUCUUAUUUGUAUUACAUCAACAAUGGACAUGUGCAUUUCAUUGUCCAAAGAAAUCAUUAAACAUCCCUUUGCUACA